AUGAACACAAGCAAUAAUACUAACAAUAACAUCAAAAUGGCUUCUCACCACCAUCGAUCCAGUUCGGACCUAUCCCUGAGUUCCACUGACAGCAACGUGUCAGCAGCUCGCAAACUUCGACGCAUGAAACGAAAACUUUUGUUGGAUUUCGUGAACGAUGAUAACAUUAACACUAACAACGAUGCCAAUGCCAAUGAUACUUCCACCAACAACAUGAAUGAUGAACGAGAAAUCCUCUCGCUUUUCAUUUGGUCGGCUGACGGCAGCCCCAAACCAUUUCCUCGUCAGCAUUGA